AUGCAGAUCCCUCACCUCCAAUCCAUCACCUCCCGCUUCUCGCCCCAGAGCAUCCGCACCUCCUUUCGCCGCUCUGUAUCCGGCUCCUCGGUAUCCUCCACUUCUUCCACCCCGUCGUCCCGCGAUAGCAGCACCGAGCGACGAAUCGCCUUGGCCUCGUCCGGCAGCACUCGGGACGAGUCACCCGCUGCCACUAUCAACCGCAUUGUGAUGCGCCGAAAGACGGGGUUUGAGUCUAUCCACAGCGAGGACGGCGAGUCGGUGAUGGUGAGCGAGGAGGAGGAUAGGGCCGAGCGUCCGCCGCAUAUUUUGGAGCCGCGACCGGAGGCGAUGUUUUCCAGCAUGGAGGAGCGGAUGAUGGCCUUCUAA